GCGCACCGCCCACUGUCGGCGUGUGUAUUUUUUUUCCUUCUCCUUUCCUUUCUUUUUUUCUUUUCUUUUUUUUAACCAGAGCUGGAUGUGUAGAUCGUCACAUGUUGUUUCCCCUCUUCAGUCCGGACACCAGCAGACAUGUGUUAUUUAUUGCUCGGCUGUGGGAGAAGACGAACGCACGAACAGCCGGCUCUGGAAAUAGAGGAUUAAAAUAAAGCGAGUCGUUUCUCCGGGAACUCGAAGACAGGAGGCGUUGUGUCUGGAAGCGAAAAACGCGAGAAUGGCGAGUCCGCCAAACACGGGCGAUCAGUCGUUAUUGGCCAGUAACGCGAACAACAAUGUUAAGAAAUUUGGAUAUUUGAAGAAGCAGAAACACGGACACAAACGCUUUUUCAUUUUAAAGGAGCCGAGCGAAGGUUUCCCUGCCCGGCUGGAGUACUACGAGAGUGAGAAGAAAUGGAAAAACAAAUCGGCCGCAAAGAGAGUUAUUUCUCUGGACAGCUGCCUCAAUAUCAGCAAGAGAGCGGACGCAAAAAACAAAUUUCUUAUUGCUCUUUAUACCAAGGACGAGUAUUUUGCCGUGGCGGCGGAAAACGAGCAAGAACAGGAGGGCUGGUACAGGGCGCUUACGGAUUUAAUGGCAGAGGGGAAAGUCUAUGACGGAUCGGCGUCCAACUCCGCGUCCUCGCUGGUUGGCUUCGAUGAAGCGAGCUACGGUGUAAUAACACCGGUGGUCGCCGCCUACAAGGAGGUAUGGCAAGUAAAUCUGAAAUCCAGGGGACUCGGACAGAGCAGAAAUUUGACCGGGGUUUACAGGCUCUGUCUCUCCAGCCGGACAAUCAGCUUCGUUAAGCUCAACUCAGAGGUUGCUUCAGUUAUUUUACAGCUGAUGAACAUCCGGAGGUGCGGCCACUCCGACAGCUUUUUCUUCAUUGAGGUUGGUCGCUCUGCAGCCAUCGGUCCAGGGGAGCUGUGGAUGCAAGCUGACGACUCUGUGGUGGCUCAAAAUAUACACGAAACUAUCUUGGAGGCGAUGAAAGCUAUGAAGGAACUGUCGGAGUUCCGCCCGCGCAGCAAGAGCCAGUCGUCUGGUACAAACCCCAUCUCUGUGCCCACGCGGAGACACCUGAACAAUCUCCCCCCAAGCCAGACCGGGCUCCCCCGGCGAUCACGCACUGACAGCAUGGCUGCAACCUCCCCAGUGAGCAAAUGCUCAUCCUGUCGAAUACGCACGGCCAGCGAGGGCGAUGGCACCAUGACACGCCCAAUGUUAGUCACGGGGAGCCCCCUCAGCCCAGGGGUUCACAGGACCCUCCUGAGCAGAUCUCACACCAUUACAGCACGCCCCUCUUUAACAUUUGAGUCUUCUACCCUCCAGCACAGUAAGUCCAUGUCUAUGCCCCUGUCUCAUUCACCACCUGUGCCCACCACUUGCACAGGGAAUAUUUCCUCCUGUCCGGACAGCACUGUCCCCCGCCCUUCUAGCUGCAGUGCGUCCUUCUCAGGCUCCCCAAGUGAUGCAGGUUUCAUAUCAUGUGAGGAGUAUGGCUCCAGCCCUGCAGAUGCACGAGACCUCAGGUUACCUCUAACCCUGCGCAGCAACACUCCAGAGUCUCUCAAAGCAGACACCCCACCCUCCAGGGAUGGCAGUGAGCUUGAUGGCUACAUGGUGAUGGAGCGGCAAAUUCAGAAUGGCAACCGGCGGUUAGCAGAGCUGGAAAAGGUUUAUCGAAAGCGCACAUAUUCUCUCACUACCCCCCGCCAGCAGAGACGCCCCCCACAAGUGUCCUCAGCCUCCCUGGAUGAGUAUACGCUUAUGAGAGCCACAUACACCAGUGGAAGCCAGUCUUCUCUGAGGUGUCACACUGCCUCCCCUAAAGGAAAUGGACUUGAGGAUUACAGGGAUGUUCAUAUCAGCUCUAACAGUCUCCAUGGCGACAGUGGCUACAUGCCUAUGAUGCCUGGUGUGGCACCUCAAACACCGGGGUCCAAGGAUGACCCUUACAUGCCCAUGAGCCCUAUGUGUGUUUCUGCUCCAAAGCAGAUCAUCAACCCUCGUUCGCACUUCUCUCCUGCUGGGCUGGCCCCACGCACAGACUCCCCCGGGAGUGUGUCUCUGGAGGACAGUGGUUACAUGCCAAUGUGGUGUGGAAACAAGAUGUCAGUGGAGAAUACUGAUGGAAAGCCCAACAAUGCAGAGUACCUGUACAUGUCUCCUGUUGACACUCUGGUGUCUCUAACACCCCCAGACUACAUUCUCAGCCCUUCUGGAGAUCUCCACCUCCAGCACAGACAACCUUACUCUUACUGCUCUCUACCAAGAUCACUUAAAGGGCAUUCUCAACGCAGUGGGUCUGCUGACACAGAUCAGUAUGUGGUGAUGAGUUUGCAGAGACAACGUAUAGAAGAGGAGUCAAACUACUGUCCCAUCUCUCCAGGGGAAUCUGUAGUGAGUAGCUCCCCAGAAACUCCAGGCACUCCAUCCUCUGUUCCAUCUCCUCUCAGACUGGCUAGGAUAGAUGGUGGUCUGGUACACCGCAGUAGGGUGUGUCGGCCCACCCGCCUGGCUCUGGAAUCCCUCAGAACGCUACCAUGUAUGAGUGAACAUCCUCUUCCCUCAGAGCCACGCAGUCCCGGAGAGUACAUCAACAUAGAUUUUAGCAGUUCUGCUCAUAUCCAGCUGGCAUCUGCAGCGUCAGAGAGUUCUCAGUCGUCUGGGAGUUUAAUAUGUGCAGAGAGGGGAUCCCCGUCACUCUCAGACUAUGCUAACAUUGAGAUCAACACUCUGGUUCACCAAGCCAGGGGUUCCUCCUCUGAAGGGUGUUUAAAACACACACCUGAAGCUUUGACUUGCCCCAGUCUGGUGAGCACACAGCAGGAUUCACAGGGAGAUGAGGAAGAAGAGGAGGAAAAAAGAAUAGAGGGCCAAGUGAUGGCGAGGGGGAUAGUGGAGGAACGUCCCCUCCAAGAGCAGGGGAGCCCGGCGUGCCAGCCUGCUCCGGUCAAAGACGACUAUGCUGAGAUGACCUUUGGUCCUCCUGCCCCUUUACCUGAUUCCUGCAGUGCUAAUGUUGCUCCCCUCCCCACCAGCCCCACUGCUUGUGUCAAAAAACUCAGCCUUGAGAGCAGCAUAGUUCAUGUGGUACCCCCUGUGCCUGCAGAGUCUUUUCUCUUGGGAGCUCCUUUGCUAUCAGUCACAGUCGUGGAUCCAGACAGGGGGGCUAAAGUUAUCCGGGCUGACCUUCAGGGGCGUCGGCGCCACAGUUCUGAGACCUUCUCCUCUACCACCACGGUCACACCUGUGUGUCCAUCGUUUGCCCACGACACCAAACGUCACAGCUCUGCCUCUGUGGAGAAUGUGUCCCGCACUGUUCGCGGCUCAGAGGAGCCUAGUGAGGACUAUAGCAGCUCCAUGUGCAGGGAAACUUCAGCUGGUUAUCAAAAUGGACUCAACUACAUUGCCUUAAACUUGAUGGAGGGAAACUUCGGGGGAUGCAGGUUAGGAGGCUGCGAUGAACUCCUGAGGUUCAAGACAGCCUGUGGCUGCAAGGGGGGUCUGAAUGGUUUCAACACUAACCCUUAUGCCAGCAUGGGAUUCAAGGAGACUACUGCUGCUGCUGUGAAAGAGUGAAGAUUGAUUGGUCUUCCCAGCUCCCCUCCCCUCCUCCUCUUCCUGUGAAAGUAGGAUUUCACUGCAGCCAGAUGACGAGGUCGCCGCAGCGACAGCUGGACCCUGCACUGCAGCCAAUGUCCCUUGACCUCUUUGCUUUGCCUCUGGUGGGGAGGCGGGGUGGGGGGUGGGGUCACGGGGACAUCCAUUGCCAUGGAAACACAGACACUUGACCCUUACCCUAAAUUUUCCCUCCUUUUUCUUGGUACCCGAACACUCAGGUGCCAUUGCUGCUGUAGUGCUAGAUGAAAAACACAACAACCUAAACAGACUAUUAACUUCAACACUAGAUGAUGGGUGAUUAUGUAUCUCUGUAUGUAGGCCUUCAAAUACUUCUUUGGUAUUUUAUUUUGUUUGUUACUUUUAUUGAUCUUACAAUUUAUACGCGUUCAGCUGGUUUUCUUUUGGCUUCCGCCAGUAGUUGCCAGACAUUCUCACCUAAAAACCUGUGAACCAAACCUGGAGUGCAUGCGUACACACACACACGCUAAAACUUUGCAUACUGAUUACAUGUAUUUAUUUAUUUAUCAUGUACGUAUGCAUUAAAUGUGUGUGAAAAUUUGUAUACAAGAUUGUACUGCAAAAAAAAAAAAAAAAAACGGCAUUUAUUAACAUAUUUAAAAGUGACAUUUGCUUAAAAAACCCUACCUCAGCAAUAAGUCACACAGUAGAAUUAUAUAUAAAAUAUUUAUUUUUUAGAGGUGAAUGUUCUUUUUUUUUUUUUUUUUUUUUUUUUAAAUAAAUCAUCAAUCCAAAGCCUUACUCUAGCCAUCAGCCUUCAUAUGAUGGACCCUCUUAGUUUGGACCUUUAAAAAAACAGUAUCAAAGAUUUAUCCGAUCAUCUUAAAGACUGAAUGUUCUCCAGAGCCGUUUAAGAGACAGCCUCUCUGAGAUUAAGUUUCCUUUCUUCCCACAUGUAUGACAAGAUUAUGUAUUAAUAGUUCAGAGUAAUAUAUUUAUUCUUAUACCUCAGAUGGAGGGCUCAUACACACAAAAAUAAUGCCAAGAGGACCUUAGAAGAAUAGUCGAUAUUGCAUUGCAAAUGCAUGCAUCUGUCACAGAUCCAAACACUGCAGCAGAGCCAGGUCCAAGUGGACCGGAUCAUCAGAUCUAAGGCCUGUCUGAGCCCAAGUCUCACUCUUUAUUCACUUUACCAACUUACCCACUGUUCACCUGUGAUAUCCUGCACACAGCCUCCGGAAUGUUAUGACCUGUCAGGACAAGGGAACAUGAAUGUUUGAAUUUAUUUAUAUAGAGUAACAGCCCCAGUAUCUUACUUUUUUCUCACCUGAUGCCUCGUUGCAAAGCUCCUGCACUGAGCAAUGUGGCGCUUGUGGGACCGCAGGACUCAGUCUGAUUGGCUGUUUGAUAAAGCUGCUUCAUGGCUUCAAUCCACAGCCUCCACUGCAUGGUCUUGCAUUUACAAACUUCCCAGAUUGUAACACAAGACACAUUGAAUGUAGUUCAAACUGUGUUCCACGUUUGGGAACACAAUCCAACAAGCAUGACAACUGCAACAACAAUGAAACAUCCAGAGGUACUGAAUGAGAACCACAACACAGAUACAAGUCGAAUAAACUAAACAAACCAGGGGAAGCAUCUUCUUAUUUAUCUGAACUCACAGGAACUUAACCUUUGCCUAUAUACUGUAAAUAAUGCGGAGAAUUACAUCUGAGCAAAUACUGAGAAAAUUUGACAGGUGUUAAGUUAAAUAACUUAUGUUUGUACUGUACAUAGUAUGUGUUUGAGUGAACUUUCUCAUACAACAAAAGGCACUAAUUAAGUUAUAUGCUAACCAGCAAGGUUUGGCUUUGAUUUCUUUUCUUUUUUUUUUUACUGUCAUGGGAUAGUCUUGCAAAACGGAUGCCACUAUAAGGACAUUUUCUAAUGCUGUAAUUCUGAAAAAAAAAAAAAAAGAUUUUAAAUAAAUCAUUAAUACUUGACACAAUUACUUCUUGAUACUUAGGUACACAACAAAUGGC